AUGGGCGCCGCCGCCGCCGCCAAUAGUAAUAGUACUAGUAGUAAUAAUAAUAACAACUGUGGUGCGAAUUCUGCGGCGAGUAGUACGAGUGCUCUUGCGGAUAGCGGCGGCGGGCGCAAGUUCGAGUGCCACUACUGCUGCCGCCACUUCCCGACGUCGCAGGCGCUCGGCGGCCACCAGAACGCGCACAAGCGCGAGCGGCAGCACGCGAAGCGCGCCCACCUGCAGUCGAUGAUGGCCGCCGCGGCGGCGGCGCAGAGCCACCGCCACCUCCACCUCCACCAUUCCCCCGCCGACCCCUACGCCCUCCUCGGCCCCCCGCAGCCGCCCCGCCUCGGCGCCGUCGCGGCUCUCUACCCUUCGUGGCCCGCCGCCGUCACGGGGACGGCGAAUUCCGUCGCCGCGGGGCGUUUCUACGGGACGGUCGCCCGGCCCAUCAACGGGAGCCCGUUGCAUGGCUCGUGGAGGGUGUCGGCAGCAGCGUCGUCGGCGUCGGUGGAGAGGCAAACGCCCUUGGUUUUGUUCAAAGGAGAGGAGCGUAUUAGGAGCAUGGGAUCUGCAAAUAUUGUUGGGUUCUCCACUACUACUGCUUCUGCUGCUGCUGCUGCUGCCUCUUCCACAUCUUCUCCGCAAAGCACUUUUGCUGCGCCAGGGUUGAAGGAGAAUGUGAGUUUGGAUUUGCACCUGUAAUUCCUAGUUCGAAUUCCAGAGAUUUUUAUUUAUUUAUUUUUCUUUUUUGUACUUACCAUUUUUUCCAUUUCUCCUGUAGGAUUUUCGGUUUUUUUUUAAAAAAAAACCUUGGAAUUUCACUGAAUAUGUGCGUAGUAAUUUAUAUA